AUGGAGCGGCCCGGGGUCUGGGGUGCGUGCGGCGGCCGCGGUCCGCCGGAACUCGGGCUGGUACUCCGGCUGGCGCUACUGCUGCUGGCUCGGACACCGUCGGGCCGCGCGGGGGCCCCCGAGGCGCAGGAGCCCGCGACAGCUGGCACAGUGGCCCCGGCGGGCGGCGACCGCUGCCGCGGCUACUACGAUGUGAUGGGCCAGUGGGACCCGCCCUUCAAUUGCAGCUCCGGCACCUACAACUUCUGCUGUGGGACGUGCGGCUACCGCUUUUGCUGCCACGACGGGCCGCGGCGCUUGGACCAGAGCCGCUGCUCCAACUACGACACGCCGGCCUGGGUGCAGACUGGUCGGCCACCGGCGCGCCCCCGGGAUACCGCGGCGCCCCGGGACCCCGGCCGCGAGCGCAGCCACACGGCCGUCUACGCGGUGUGUGGCGUCGCAGCGCUGCUGGUGCUGGCCGGCAUCGGGGUGCGCCUGGGCAUCGAGAGGGCGCACAGCCCGCGAGCUCGGCGCACUGUGACCAGGACACUGACGGAACUGUUGAAGCAACCGAGCCCCCAGGAGCCACUGCCGCCACCCCUGGGCCCACCUCUGGGCAGCUGUGUCCAGGUGCAGAUGGGUGAUUGCCUUCCUCGCGGCUCCCCCCACAACAGCACAGACAAGAAGCGCCUCAACAACGCGCCCCUGGGGUUGGCGACCCCCGCGCCAUUGCUCGGUCCCCGGCUGCAGGGGAGCGGCACCGUGACGCUGCAGCCCGACUACGCCCAAUACGCCACGCUGAAGGCCACCGCGCUGAAGGCCACAGAGGGCGCCCCCCAAGACUUCUACCAACGUUUCUCCGCCCCGGAGCCGCUCCAGCUGACCCUCCCGGCGCGAGCUCCGCGACCUCCCGAAGACUUUCCUGCGCUGCUCGAUGCCUGUCCCUGGGCCCCACCGGGCUAUCCGUCUUCCGCCGGCCCCGCUACCUCGGGCCACUAUAAGGCCUGGACCGCGGGCCGCCCGGGUCGGCCUGCACACCGAAGCCACCUGGCGACUCAAGCCUCCCCGGCGGCCCGGCGGUCCGGCCACGCGCCCGGACGCCAGUUCAGUGUGGAGAAGCUUCCUGAGACCUUCAGCGCGCAGCCCCCCGGCCUAUAUGGCAGCGCGGGCCGCGGACCUCGGCACCUGAGCACUAACAGCAAAGCCGAGGUCACCGUAUGA